AUGGUGUUUCCUGAGCGAUGCGAAAAAGUAGCGGUGGAUACGCGAGCCGAGUACCGUGAAGGCACUGUCGUGCGUGUGAAAUGGCCAAACGUUGAUGGGACUAAGGGGUGGCACACCGCAUUCAUCAGUGCGGUUUCUGAGAGACAAAAGCCAAGGAGGUUGCGGUUGACCCCAUCGUACUACAAGUACUCCCUGUUUUGGGGGGAUGGAAGCAAGGUCUUGACUUCGAGGCUCCUGCACGUAAAGCACAAAGUACUCUACUUAAGGCCAUCCUCUACUUCUUGAAAGAGCGUCUACUUCAGAGCCAUCUCGGAAGAAGGCUACACUUAAAAGAUCGUAGUUCCAAGAUGCGCUUGAUGUUCGAGAUGCGCUUCAAGCGGCGGUCACAAUUUGCUUCUAAUUCACAGGCCACCAACCAAGCAACUUAACAUUGGCAACAUCCUCCACUGUCACGGCCAGAAGUAUCAGCUGCCCAUUGGAAUCAACUACGCUAUGACGAGAAUGAAAGGCCUCGAGAGAGAAAUGCCGAAACUUCAGAUAUGGUUUUCGGCAGUAGGAAAGAAAAGCCGCUUCUCUCAAGUUGGUCUGAAGCAGUACCCAUCGCUGCGGCCAGCUCUCGACAAGGCAAUAGCAAAGCGUUUUCUGAUGAUUCUCGAACACCUAAGAACCGAGAAGAAAGCUGCGAAGAAAAUUCAGGGCCUUGCUGUAGAAGCGCAGUCGGGUGCAGCCGCGUUGGCAAUGACGAAUGAGGAAGAGGAAGGAUCCGGCGUGUAGAACCCGAGAAAAGAAAAUUGGUGAGUAUGAGAAGAAAUUCUAGCUAGCAUGAAAAAUCAAUGUGAAUGAUUUUUUAUCUCUCAGUCGGUUAACGCUAAUUUCCCUCGUCCUAUCAUUCCUCUCAUCUACUGACUUAUCCCCGAGUACAUAAAGUGUCAACACAGGAGACUCGCAUCUGUUGAUUAAACCGCUCCUCUUUCGCGAUUUUAUUCCCUUUCCCAUUUCACCAGAAUCGACCAUUCGAGUGACUCUAUUCCACAUGAAUGUAAUCAGAGCGCUCUGCUUUCCUUAUAAGGCUGCUCCCUCGCAACUAAGGCUGCUUGCUCCCUUCUAAGUAGGUUAUUGCUGUGCGUCGCGCAAUGGGUCGCGCGGAGCCCAAAGCCACCAGGAAAUAAGUGUUGAAUCGUGUGAAAAACCUGUAGCUGUGGUAGGUUAGGGCUUUGUUGAAAGGACGAUGC